AUGGUUCUCCGAUGGUAUCAGGCCAAGCUCAAGGCGCAGCCCUUGCUGACGCAGGCUGUCAUGAGUGCAGUCUUGUUCGGAGCAGGCGACACAUUGGCACAGCAAGCGGUAGAGAAGAAGGGCUUCAAGAAUCAGGACUUGACCCGAACGGCUCGCAUGGCAGGCUAUGGUGGUCUCGUUUUCGGGCCGGCAGCAACCAAAUGGUACGGCAUUCUGCAACGGAGGAUCAAUUUCGAGAACAAGACACAGACUAUAGUCGCUCGUGUUCUGGCCGACCAAUGCAUAUUUGCGAGCACCAACAUGUUUGUCUUCCUGUCGACCAUGGCCGUCUUGGAAGGCAAGAGCCCGCAAGAGAAGCUCCAGAAGAGCUACAUCCCUGGCUUGAAAGCCAAUUGGACGAUAUGGCCAGCCGUACAGGCCGCCAACUUCAGCAUUGUGCCUUUGGAGCAUCGGGUUCUGGUUGUGAACAUUGUCAGCUUGGGCUGGAAUUGUUACUUGAGCUAUCUGAACUCGCAGUGA